GUUGGAACUGUGAGCAACCGCUUCGUGAAGCACAGUGAUGUACAGAUUAUUCUACAGGGGCUUGGCCUUCCGCUGAUUGAUUUAGCGUAUGGCCAGCCGCCGCAGACGAUAGAGGAGGAUGAUCGUGAAGCUGAGCACAAUGAACACGCGAUUGUGCCUGUAGAAGUGGUUGAUGUGGACGCAGAGCCAUCAGUGUCCACGGAAUCCACACAUGGGGUUGCAAGUGUGCAGCAACGAUCGGGCGCACAACUUGUUGCUGCAGCUGCGGUAGGUGACGCCGAGGAUGCGCCUGGUGGCGGUGGAGGUGAUGGUAUACUCUGUCGUGUUGAACGUGUGCCGAAAGACGUUUGGGGGCGAGGGCGACUUCCACAGAAAGAUUUGUGUACAAUGACCGUAAAAGAUUUUCGUGCUAUGACUCAUGCACGUGCUGCUGUGGUAGGUGCGCAGGCUUGCCAGAGUUUGGCCAAGGCAACUGCCAGUUUGACACAAUUGCGCAAGGUCAAGAGACAAGUUGUGGCACAGGCGACCAAGACAAGCAAGCAAUUGAAACUUGCGCAGGAUUCGCAGUCGCAGACAUCAUCGCUUGAGCUGGUAGUAUCUAAAUCGGGCAAGCGACUGACAUCUGAGUCUAUCCUUGCACUUGGUAUACGCCGUAAUCUGACUCAUAUUGCAGCAGCAGAUGUUGGGGCGUUGCUUUUGCGGGACUUGAGUGGAGCCACAGUUCUGAGAGCGGAAGUAAGAACAGGUGCAUCAGUGAAUGCUUGCAUGAAAGAGUUUGCGGAGAAUGCCUUAGCUGAAUUGAGAGUGCCAGCUGCAGACGGUGACCAUGAUCAUGGACAUGGAUCUGACGUUGAUCUUGCUGACAUAUCAUAUGGCGGCGACUGGAAUCUCAUUUUCAUCAGUGUGCGAGCUGACGCAACAAACUCAAAUAUCUGGCGACGAGAGAAACUUCAUGUUUGUGAAGCUCACAUGGGCGUUGUUUGCAAAUCCGUGAAGUCUUAUCCUGCGCAUGUGGAAGAUUUUCUCCGCACCAAGUCAGAUCUCCAAGUUGUCUCUGGGAGUACAGCCGAGCAUUGUGCUGGGAUCAUGCAGAAGCAGUUGAACUCGAUUGGUGUGCCAUCGGUUGCAGAUCUUCUAGCAGAUAUGGACACGGAGAAGCCAUGUGGCCAAGGGAGGGAGGAUGCGGCAGAAAUUGCCAUCGUGCUGGACGACAUGAAGGAGCAUGACACGGAUUCUUACAGGCUGAAACUUUCCAAAUGGCUUGUCACCAUGAAGCUAGAUGAGUUCAAUGCAGAGUUCAGUGCGUUGUUUGAGAAGCUGCCGGAAAUUGUUGACAAGGCGCUGCAUUUGUCAGGCUGUUUCCACGAGACAAAGGGUCUCUCACACGCAGACGUUGUCCGCAUGAGGUAUCUUGCACUGAGACUGUUGAUGUUGCACUGGGCAGCAUUUCGUCGUCGCAUCAUCAGGCCUUUGAUGCAGUACCCCAUGAAGCUUUUCUGGUUGAUCAAGAGCCAUCCCAAAAGGUAUUGUGCACGCAGGCAGCAGGUGGCUCAGGAGUUGCUUGAGCUCGAUGCACAUGAGCUUGAUUCAGCUACACGCAAGAUCAAAGAGCUUUGUUGUCGUGAGUUGCAACAUAUGCGGAUCACUGGCGUUUUUCCCGACGUAAGCUCGCCAUCUGGCAGCUUUUUAUACGCAUUCCUGAAGGGUCUUGCACGUCUACUACCUGCUGACACACAAGCUAUCGAAGGGAUAAACAGCUGCAUUAAACUGAUGGGUCGGCGUGCGCCGAACAUGAGUUUGGAAUUGAUGUCUUCUAGGCUUGCAAUCCGGCGUGCUUUGUCUGAAGAUCACAGUAUGGCGAGGAGGAAAAAAUGGUCGGCUAUCAAGAGCACUGCGGAAGGAUUAAUGCAAUCAAUUGUCGGCUUCAAGACGGCAUCGCUGGCGAUUCUGUCGAAUGAGAACAGAUGGUCUGUACCUCUGCCAACAAACUGCGGUAAUGGCGUGUUGCCGUCAGUGCUUGCAAUCACGGACCGCGAAGCGGUGCUUGCUGUGAGGGGGCCAGAAGACCAAACCGGGUCAGCAGCAGCUUCAUCAGCAGAAGCUGAAGCUGGGCGGGGCCAGCCGGAAAAGUCAUCGCUUGCAUCGCUUGCAGCAGAUCUUGCCAAAGCAAAAGCAACCAGCGGUAUCCAAUGGGCGAAGUCAUACAACCUGGCGUGGCGUCGGGCAACUACAUCAUCGGCAAAGAAGAAGAUCAAGCAACCAGAUGUUGGUCACAGAAUGGGUCCAGGUUUGCUGAUUGCAGUCAUCGAGACCUUGCGCAAGGAUACUGACGGUGAGGGCAACGAUAGGCUUGUGCCGGAGCAGCCACCAUUGUUCUUCGCGGUGGCAGAGAAGUUUUCGGUAAGCGUGAUGUUCUCGAAGAUUCACAGUGUUCAGAUCAAUGGUCAUCAGUGUCUUCAGUGGAUGUAUGAUGAGAACAAUUGCGUUGAAUCCACGCUAUUCUUCUUGAGUUUCCACGGCGCCUGCUCUUGUCGGGGCUUGCACAUGCGAAUGGGUUACACAGUGUUGUCGCCAGACAUGUCUCACCUCCUGCUGCCCGGCUGGAGAUCAGAUGCAGAGGGUGGAGGUGAGAUAAGAGUGGCUUCAGUGUUACCGUUGGUGAACCAUGUGUUUGUCAUGACUGCUGAGUGUCACCCGUCUGCCAAUCCCAAGUCGGCGAAGCCACAAUCUGGACGGAAGCCCAAGGCAAAAGCAGCCAAGCGCAAACCACAAGAAAAGCAGGCAGGUCUGAAGAGGAAAGAUGCGCCCGAAGAUGAUGCAAACGAAGUCGAUGUGGAUGCACCAAAUGUUCUGGACUACAUUGACGAUGAUGAAAACUUCCUCGACGAUGUCGAGAUAGCCACGGAUGCUGAGGACUCGGACGAUGACAACACAGCAAAAUACGAGAUGCACGAAAUCAGUGAAGCCAAUGCAGCUGCUGCCACGGAUCCGGCCCGCCUGCCCUCCUCGAAGAAUGUGUUUGCAGUGGCUGAGGACAUACAUCGCAACGCUGAGCUGGUUCCAGAGGCGAUUGUCGAAGAAGAAGCGUUGUUGCUUCUGGUUCGCAGGGCUCGUUCUCAGAAAGCCAAAAACAUGGGCGUUGGCGUUGGCCCAGGUGUUGGCGUUGGUCGCAGAGGGUACAUACUUCCGGGUGAAGAGAGCAUUCAGCAACAGCCUCACAUGAGCUCACAGCUUCCAGAAGAGUCGGGUGCACUCAUGGAUGAAGCAAGCGUGGCGAGUCAGCGUCAGCCGGUCGACGCAGAAGGUGUUUUGGGGGAGAGCGAUAUGCGCAGCGGCGCUGAGGCUGAUAAUUCUGCGUCGGAUAACGAGUCUGAUGCAGAUCUUCCACCUGGCGUGGCUGCUGUGCUCAGAUCGAAGGCUAUGGUAGAUCUUCAGCGUGACGGGCGCGUCCUGAAAAGGUGGGUGAUGGCAUGUCAUCUGAUGCUUCAGGCAAUGCAGGAGUAUGCGAAGACCAAGGACGUGCUGUUGGGCACAGAACGCAGCAUUAGUUUGGUGUUGCUCAAAAGCAUGGGGGAUGCUGCCGCGGGUUGCAAGUGUGUUCGCUGCAAAUACACGGAUGACUCUCAAGAUCUCAUAUGGGUCCAUUGGCUGAACAAUGGGAGGCAUGGCUUGGUUGGUCGACAAGGACGCGAGGUGAGAUUGGAUGACGACGGUAAAGUUUUGUUCUCUGUGGCAGAUUGCACGAUGUAUCGCACUGGUAUAAGCAACGGCAUCGGAUAUCCGGAGCUUUGUUUGGACGGUCGCCAUGCUCAUGUUAUGCUGCCAUAUGUUCGAGCAGCAAUGCGCAAAGUCAAGCGAACCAAUCCGGAUCGAGAUGCAGUGUCACCACACUUCCUGCGACUCCGAGACUUUUGCGAGCGCAUGCUGACUUCAGUCUCACAAAGCACGGAUCUAAUCACGGACGAUGACAUGCAAGAUGAGGACAUGCCGACCGACAGUGGUAUUGUUCGCUGCAUGCUGUGCCAGAGGAACGGUGCAACACGAUGCUUGAUGGAUGCGAUGGCUAGCGCUGAUGCGGGGCUAGUUGAGUCGAUUCAGAAGAAUAAG